AUGAGCGAUUACGAAUUUGAUGAUUUUGAGGACGACUUCGAAGAGGAUUUUGAAGAUGAUGAUGAAAUUUCUCCUCCUCAGACGGUUAUUCCCUCAAAGCAGCCACAGGUAAACACCAGUACAACCGUGAAUAGAAACACACCUGCUCCGGCGGUGCUCAACAGUAAAGAGGUUGAAUUUCCGGUCGUCAAAAACCAAGAGGAGGAUGCUUUUAAAACAAUCAAAAUUAAACCAACUCUUUCUAAAGAGGAGAAGGAGAGGCUAGAAAAGAUUCAAAAGAAGCACGACAGAGCGAGCAAAUUAUUGGAACUCAUUUCGCUCGACAACAUUUCUUUCGAAAUCAUUGACCUGCCUCCUCUUUCGGAUUAUGAAAUGUAUCAAAGAUCAUUUGGAAAAGAUGCAACUCUUAACGUGUCAACUCAAUGCCCUCCGAUUGAUGAAAGAAAGGAAAUGGGAAUGAACACAAUUCCGCAAACUCAACUUUCAAGAGGAGUACAAGCUCCUGAAGAUCUUGGAAUAUCCAACAAAAGUACGCCAAAAAAUAGUAUGGACAAAUUCAAAUUUAAUUCCUUAACACUUUCAAGAUUUUUGAAAGCUGUCUAUCCAGUGUGUGACAGGAUUUUGGAGUCCAACACAGAUUCAAAAUCAGCUAGUGAAGAUUCUAAAAAGAGAGAGUCAAUGUUUAAAUUCAGCUCUAAUUUUUCUGUUUUUUCAAUUCCCUUAACAAAGGAUCGAGAAGUUAGAGAAAUAACAUUCAGUAAGGAUAAUCAAAUGAUAGUGUGCUAUGGUCCAUCAAAAACAGAUUCUAGCAUUUUGGAGGAAGGAUUGAUAUGUAUUUGGGAUCCUCUCAACGAAAGAUCUCCAACCAUGUGUCUACGAUGUGGGUCAGAGCUCUCGUCUGUUUGCUGUCUUCUCGAUCGUCCUCAUAUUGUUAUUGGAGGGUGUAAGGAUGGUUCAAUUGUCGUGUGGGAUUGCAACCAAAAACCAAAAACCAUUCAAAUUGGAGAUGGCUUUAUUUCUACUAUAUUUCCCUCCUUUUCUACUGCUAAUAUGUUUGGAGAAACUCAUCUUUGCUCAGUGACCAAUGUGAAAUCUAUCAGCGCCUCUCUCUCUAUUUAUUCCAAAGAGGUUCGAUCCAUGGGAGAUUACUUUAUUUCGUUAGACGAAGCAGGAAAUGUAAUCUUUUGGUUGGUAAUGUUCCUCUCGCAACAUAGUUUGGCAGACUCAGAAUUUGGACUAAGCAUUGGAGGAAAAGUAAAACUCGUGAAUAGCGGAAGAAUGAACAUUUUUGGUGAACCAGCACUGGAUCUUAAUUUAAAGAGAGCUGAAGUUGAAACAAGCCUUGCGGCAACCAUUCUUAAAGGAAUUAAUCCAGUAGAGCAAGUGGAACACAACUCUUUCAUUCCAUCCAUUUCUGCUGCUUCUUGCUUAGAAAUUGAUCCUGAUGACCCAUCGCAAUUUGUUGUUGGUACAGAUUUUGGGCAAAUUUUACGUAGAGGAAGAUUUAUUGAGAAUGUAAAACCCUAUAACAGCGUUAAAAGGAAAGAUGGAUAUUCUUCCAAUAUUCAUCAUUUAACGUCUCGUGUGACAUGCAUUGAUUUCUCAAUAUUUAUGCCUCAAUAUUUUCUUGCAGGAUUCGAUAAUGGGCUAUUUGCUAUCUACAUGAAGGGAUAUGAGGAUCCAAUUAUUAACUUUAGAAAUCAUUGUAAUUGUUGUAUUGUAGAUGUAAAAUGGAGUUCUGUGGAUCCUUCACAGUUUUAUGUGCUAACAAGCGAAGACGACCUGUUAGUACUAAAUCUUUCUCAACAAGAUGUUGUGGUUGCUCACGAGAAAGUUGUUCUCAAAGGACAAGAAAAAGAUAGGGUCAACCGAGUGAGUUGCAAGUUAGGAAUACUGAGCCUCUCACAAAAAGAUAAGACUCAACGUAUUGCUGUUAACAAUCAACAUGAGCUUUUGAAGUCUUUCAACAAGAAUGACAGAGUUGCAAUUGGAUAUAUGGACGGAAGAGUAGAUUUACAUUGGAUAGAGAAUCCUUCAAAAAUUGUUGAGCUCAAAGAAUCAAUAUCUUCAAUUUCGAAAGAAAUACAAAGUUUUAUUACCUAA